AACAGCGAUGAUGGUGUGGAAACUGGACUAAGGUUUACUAUUUGGAAGCAGAUUGACAAGAGCGGGAGUUCGAUUGAUGACGAUUUGGCCUUGAAGUGGGAUUCUUCUUCUUCCAAUAUCAGAAUGGUUAUAAAUUCUAAUCCAACAGAGACGCCAGCCCCGAUCAACGGCGGUCGGAAUUUUCAAGAUCUCAAUCCAUCGUUGUCGUUCGAUCAGACCAAUAAACGGAGAACGUUGAACGUUGAUGACAACAACUCUGUAACUAGAACUUGUUCGGACUGUAACACCACCAAGACUCCUCUAUGGAGGAGCGGACCAAGAGGUCCUAAGUCACUUUGCAACGCCUGUGGAAUCCGACAAAGGAAAGCGAGACGAGCAGCCAUGGCGGCAGCGGCGGAGGAGGCGGCGGCGGCGAACGGCACUAUUCCAUACGGCGGAAAGCCGGCGGCCGCAGUAGUUCUGAAACCCAAUAAAACCGCGGUGCAACACAAGAUAAUCAAGCCGGCGGCGACAUUGAAGAGAAAAUGCAAAGACGUCGCCGCCGGCCGCGGCGGCGGAGGGAGAAAAAAGCUACAUUUUGAAGAUUCCUCUUACCAAAGAGUUUUCCCGCCGGACGAGAGGGAAGCCGCCAUCUUGCUCAUGACCUUAUCUUAUGGCUGGCCUUCUUCAUGGAUUAAUUUAUGAAAAUUUAUAUAUAUAUAUUUUUAAUUUAUUGCCUUUUAUCUUUUUUUUUUAAUUCAGUUAAUUUGUCUAUUGCUAAAUGCUAAUGCAUUUUGGGGAUAAAAAAAUUUAGAAUAAUUAGAAUAAAGACGUC